AUGGCGACUCUACGACGUACCGUGCCUCUCCUGCGCACCGCCCUGCCGCCGCUUCUCGUCCCAGCACCGCUGGGCACGUGCCGCGCAUUCAGCACCACGUCCACCGCCCUGAAAUCCAACGACGAUGCGCGCCCCGCCUCGUCCCAGCUCUUCCCCGCGUCCAAGAUCGCCUCGUCCAUCUCCAAGCUCACCUCGCAGGGCUUCGACGAGUCCACCAUCUGGGAGCAGCGCGUUGUCUGGGGCGACCACGAUGCCUUCGGUCAUGUCAACAACGUCAACUACGUGCGUUGGCUGGAGAGCUCGCGCAUGUUCUUUGUCGAAAAGGUCAGCGAGGGCUUCACCAGGGAGCGCAAGGAGGACAUCAUCCGCGGCAAGGGCAAGAGCAUCAUCCUCGCAAAGAUCGACGUCAAGUAUAUCCGCCCUGUGACGUACCCCGACGUCGUGCUGGUCGGCCAAGCCGCCGAGCUACCGCUGCAGAAGGACAGGUUCAACAUGCGCGCCGUCAUCUACAGCGUCAAGCAGCAGGCCGUCGUCGCCGUCUCGAACCAGGACUGCGUGUCGUACGACUACCGCUCGCUCAAAAAGUGCGACAUCCCCGCCGACCUCCGAAUCGCCCUGGAAAAGACGGGCAUCUCGGCCUCUCAACUCGAGCAACAGCAGCAGCAGGGGGGAAAGAAGUGA